AUGGGUGAACAGACUUCCAAGGGGCCGACAGUCCAAACUAAGAAGGGGGACGGAGGGAGGCCGCCGCGGGACCAGGACGAAGAGAGAGGAACAGGAGACCCAGGGCCCCGGGAAGCGGCACAACCUAGAACGAACGUUCCCCUUCCCCCAGCUCCCCCAAAGGCAACCCGCACCAAGAGCCAAAGGGAAAACCCGGAGGAAGACAAGAGGCCCGGCACGAAGGGCAGCGGCCCCACGGAAACACCGGAGGCCAUCCGACAGGAAAGCGGCCGGCACCCAAGGGCCCGGCCAAAAGGGAAGGUCCCAAAGGGAAGGGCAGCCAGCGAAGCCCGCCACCACGCAAGGAACCACGUACCAGGCCCACAAGGAACGUCCCCAAUCAUUACCUUCCUCCCAUAUUCCCCAUCUGCCCCCACAAAUCUUCCCCUUCCUCCCCAUCUUCCUCUUCCUCACCCAUGUGUUCAGAGCGUCUGUAUCCCUAUAACCUGGUUCCUUGAUCUGUUUGUGCUGUCUGGCCAAAAUUGUCACGUGCCAAUGACCAUAGGAGUUGACAAGGCAGCACAAACAGAUCUGGUAACAGGCUAGUGUCCCUCCAGCAAAUACCCUCUAAAUAAUGUUAAUGUUGUGAUGUGAAUAACAUUAUCAUGUCUCUCUCUACAGAGCAGUGGUAUGAGCUGCCGGUCUUCCCCAACCACAACAAGUACGGAUACUCUGUGGUCUCUCUGAAUAAUGACGUUUAUGUCACAGGUUGGUUGGCUUUUAUUUAGGGCACUUGAUCAGAAAAAAUUAAUACAUGAAUUCAUAAAAUAAAUACAUCAAAUAAAUACAUAAAUACAUCAAAUAAAUACAUAAAUACAUCAAAUAAAUACAUGCAAUUACAGAUUUCCUCCAAGUGUUGCAGUGUGCUGGGUGCUUACUUGAUCAAUAUAAUUGAUGUAUCCAGUAUCCUCAGUGUCCUGAAUAGAGGAUUGACAAUGAUCUGAUGGUGUCUCUCUUUCUCUCUCUCUCUCUCUCUCUCUCUCUCUCUCUCUCUCUCUCUCUCUCUCUCUCUCUCUCUCUCUCUCUCUCUCUCUCUCUCUCUCACUCACUCACUCACUCACUCACUCUUCUUAGGGGGCUCGAGGGGUUCCCAAUCCAACACCUGGUCGACCACAGAGACCUGGAAGUACAUCACCAGAGAGGGGCGGUGGGUGACGGUGGCUCCCAUGCUCCGGCCCCGGACUAACCACACAUCAGCAGCUCUCAGCGGAGAGAUCUACGUCAUUGGAGGAAAGAGAGAAAUAAGACCUAUAGGAACUAGACCAAUAAUAUACCUAUAGGAACUAGACCUAUAAUAUACCAAUAGGAACUAGACCUAUAAUAUACCUAUAGGAACUAGACCUAUAAUAUACCAAUAGGAACUAGACCUAUAAUAUACCUAUAGGAACUAGACCUAUAGGAACUAGACCUAUAAUAUACCUAUAGUGACUAGACCAUAUAAUAUACCUAUGGAACUAGACCUAUAAUAUACCUUAGGAACUAGACCUAUAAUAUACCAAUAGGAACUAGACCUAUAAUAUACCUAUAGGAACUAGACCUACUAGGAACUAGACCUAUUAAUAUACCUAUAGGAACUAGACCUAUAAUAGACCAAUAGGAACUAGACUAUAAAUACCUAUAGGAACUAGACCUAUAAUAUACCUAUAGGAACUAGACCUAUAAUAUACCUAUAGGAAUAGACCUAUUUAAAAUACCCAUAGGAACUAGACCUAUAUAUACCCAUGGAAACUAGACCUAUAAUAUACCCAUAGGAACUAGACCUAUAAUAUACCCUUUGGAACUAGACCUAUAAUAUAACAAUAGGAACUAGACCUAUAAUAACUAUAGGAACUAGACCUUUUAGGAACUAGACCAUGAUAUCCUAUAGGAACUGACCUAUAAUUCCUAUAGGAAACUAACCUAUAAUUAUAAAUGGAAAACUAAAUUAAUUUGUAUACCUAUAGGAACUAGACCUAUAAUAUACCAUAGGAAACUAGACCUAUAAUAACCCAUAGGAACAGACCUAUAAUAUAAACAAUAGGAACUAGACCUAUAAUAUACCAAGGAACUAGACCUAUAGGAAAAUAGACCCAUGAUAUACCCAUAGGAACUAGACCUAUAAUAUACCUAUAGGAACUGACCUUAUAAUAACCUAUAGGAACUAGACCUAUAAUAUACCAAUAGGAACUAGACCUAUAAUAUACCUAUAGGAAAUAUACCUAUAAUAUACCAAUAGGAACUAGACCUAUAAUAUACCAAUAGGAACUAGACCUAUAAUAUACCUAUAGGAACUAGACCUAUAGGAACUAGACCUAUAAUAUACCUAUAGGAACUAGACCUAUAAUAUACCUAUAGGAACUAGACCUAUAAUAUACCUAUAAGAACUAGACCUAUAAUAUUCCAAUAGGAACUAGACCUAUAAUAUACCUAUAGGAACUAGACCUAUAAUAUACCUAUAGGAACUAGACCUAUAAUAUACCUAUAGGAACUAGACCUAUAAUAUACCUAUAGGAACUAGACCUAUAAUAUAACAAUAGGAACUAGACCUAUAAUAUACCUAUAGGAACUAGACCUAUAGGAACUAGACCUAUAAUAUACCUAUAGGAACUAGACCUAUAAUAUACCAAUAGGAACUAGACCUAUAAUAUACCUAUAGGAACUAGACCUAUAGGAACUAGACCAAUAAUAUACCUAUAGGAAUUAGACCUAUAAUAUACCUAUAGGAACUAGACCUAUAGGAACUAGACCUAUAAUAUACCUAUAGGAACUAGACCUAUGUGGUCCUCUGUAGCUCAGCUGGUAGAGCACGGCGCUUGUAACGCCAAGGUAGUGGGUUCGAUCCCCGGGACCACCCAUUCACAAAAAAAAAAAAUGUAUGCACGCAUGACUGUAAGUCGCUUUGGAUAAAAGCGUCUGCUAAAUGGCAUAUUAUUAUUAUACCAAUAGGAACUAGACCUAUAAUAUACCUAUAGGAACUAGACCUAUAGGAACUAGACCUAUAAUAUACCUAUAGGAACUAGACCUAUAAUAUACCAAUAGGAACUAGACCUAUAAUAUACCUAUAGGAACUAGACCUAUAAUAUACCUAUAGGAACUAGACCUUUAAUAUACCAAUAGGAACUAGACCUAUAAUAUACCAAUAUGAACUAGACCUAUAAUAUACCUAUAGGAACUAGACCUAUAGGAACUAGACCUUUAAUAUACUUAUAGGAAUUAGACCUAUAGUAACUAGACCUAUAGGAACUAGACCUAUAAUAUACCAAUAGGAACUAGACCUAUAAUAUACUUAUAGGAAUUAGACCUAUAAUAUACCUAUAGGAACUAGACUAUAAUAUACCCAUAGGAACUAGACCUAUAGGAACUAGACCUAUAAUAUACCAAUAGGAACUAGACCUAUAAUAUACCUAUAGGAACUAGACCUAUAGGAACUAGACUAUAAUAUACUUAUAGGAAUUAGACCUAUAGUAACUAGACCUAUAGGAACUAGACCUAUAAUAUACCAUAGGAACUAGACCUAUAAUAUACCUAUAGGAACUAGACCUAUAGGAAACUAGACCUAUAAUAUACUAUAGGAACAGACCAUAUAAUAUACCUUAGGAAACAUAGACCUAUCGACUAACCAUAAUUACCUAUAGGAACUAGACCUAUAGGAACUAGACCUAUAAUAUACCUAUAGGAGCUAGACCUAUAUAUACUAAGGAACUAGACCUAUAGGAUACCUAUAGGAGCUAGACCUAUAAUAUACCUAUAGGAAACUUUGGGCCUAUAGGAACUAGACCUAUAAUAUAACCAUAGGAAAAGACCUAUAAUAUACCAAUAUGAACUAGACCUAUAAUAUACCUAUAGGAACUAGACCUAUAAAUAUACCUAUAGGAACUAGACCUAUAAUAUACCUAUAGGAACUGACCUAUAGGAACUAGAACUAUAAUAUACCUAUAGGAACUAGACCUAUAGGAACUAGACCGUUUAAAAUACCAAUAGGAAACUAGAACUAUACAACCUAUAGAACUAGACCUAUGGAUCAGACCUAUAAUAACUAUAGGAAUAGACCUAUAAUAUACCUAUAGGAAAAUAGACUAUAAUAUACCUAUAGGGAAUAGACCUAGAGGAACUAGACCUAUAAUAACCCUUUGGAAAAUAGACCUAUAAUAUACCUAGGAAUAGAACCCAGAGGGAAAUAGACCAAUAAAUACUAUAGGAAUAGACCUAAAUAAAUGACUAACCUAUGGAUGCCAUAUAUACUAUAGGAACUAGACCUAUAGGAACUAGACCUAUAAUAUACCAAUAGUAACUAGACCUAUAAUAUACCUAUAGGAACUAGACCUAUAGGAACUAGACCUAUAAUAUACCAAUAGGAACUAGACCUAUAAUAUACCAAUAGGAACUAGACCUAUAAUAUACCAUAGGAACUAGACCUAUAAUAUACCUAUAGGAACUAGACCUAUAAUAUACCUAUAGGAACUAGACCUAUAAUAUACCUAUAGGAACUAGACCUAUAAUAUACCUAUUGGAACUAGACCUAUAGGAACUAGACCUAUAGGAACUAGACCUAUAAUAUACCUAAAGGAACUAGACCUAUAAUAUACCUAUAGGAACUAGACCUAUAAUAUACCUAUAGGAACUAGACCUAUAAUAUACCUAUAGGAACUAGACCUAUAGGAACUAAACCUGUAGGAACUAAACCUGUAGGAACUAGACAUAUAGGAACUAAACCUAUAAUAUACCUAUAGGAACUAGACCUAUAAUAUACCUAUAGGAACUAGACCUAUAAUAUACCUAUAGGAACUAGACCUAUAGGAACUAGACCUAUAAUAUACCUAUAGGAACUAGACCUAUAGGAACUAGACCUAUAAUAUACCUAUAGGAGCUAGACCUAUAAUAUACCUAUAGGAACUAGACCUAUAAUAUACCUAUAGGAACUAGACCUAUAAUAUACCUAUAGGAACUAGACCUAUAAUAUACCAAUAGGAACUAGACCUAUAAUAUACCUAUAGGAACUAGACCUAUAAUAUACCUAUAGGAACUAGACCUAUAAUAUACCUAUAGGAACUAGACCUAUAGGAACUAGACCUAUAAUAUACCUAUAGGAACUAGACCUAUAGGAACUAGACCUGUAAUAUACCAAUAGGAACUAGACCUAUAAUAUACCUAUAGGAACUAGACCUAUAGGAUCUAGACCUAUAAUAUACCUAUAGGAACUAGACCUAUAAUAUACCUAUAGGAACUAGACCUAGAGGAACUAGACCAAUAAUAUACCUAUAGGAACUAGACCUAUAAUAUACCUAUAGGAACUAGACCUAUGGGAACUAGACCUAUAAUAUACCUAUAGGAACUAGACCUAUAGGAACUAGACCUAUAAUAUACCAAUAGUAACUAGACCUAUAAUAUACCUAUAGGAACUAGACCUAUAGGAACUAGACCUAUAAUAUACCAAUAGGAAUUAGACCUAUAAUAUACCAAUAGGAAGUAGACCUAUAAUAUACCUAUAGGAACUAGACCUAUAAUAUACCUAUAGGAACUAGACCUAUAAUAUACCUAUAGGAACUAGACCUAUAAUAUACCUAUAGGAACUAGACCUAUAAUAUACCUAUUGGAACUAGACCUAUAGGAACUAGACAUAUAGGAACUAGACCUAUAAUAUACCUAAAGGAACUAGACCUAUAAUAUACCUAUAGGAACUAGACCUAUAAUAUACCUAUAGGAACUAGACCUAUAAUAUACCUAUAGGAACUAGACCUAUAGGAACUAAACCUGUAGGAACUAAACCUGUAGGAACUAGACAUAUAGGAACUAAACCUAUAAUAUACCUAUAGGAACUAGACCUAUAAUAUACCUAUAGGAACUAGACCUAUAAUAUACCAAUAGGAACUAGACCUAUAAUAUACCUAUAGGAACUAGACCAAUAGGAACUAGACCUAUAAUAUACCUAUAGGAACUAUACCUAUAAUAAAACUAUAGGAACUAGACCUAUAGGAAAUAGACCUAUGGGAAAUAGGGUAUUCUCUAUACUAUACAGACCCCUAUUCCACUGCAGCCUGCCGAUCUGUAGUGUUAGAUAUGUUUUGUCAUAAUAAGUUCAAAUUUUUAUUAACAGUGGUCUGGUCAUAUAACACCAUUGUUUUCUCUCCACAGGCACUACAAUGGACUUUGUAGACAUUGAGCACUACGACCCAUAUAAUGACACCUGGGCCCGAACAUGCCCUGCUGUGAAAUACGUGACAAACUUCACAGCUACUGCCUGCCAUGGUAAACUGUACGUGAUAGGUUCCUGUGCUGUUAAGUACAACGCCUUGACUCUGCAGUGCUACAACCCUGUUAUAGGUAGGAAGGAACAACGUGGAUCAUCAUAUACUGUAGCUAAUAUACUCACAAUAUGGAACCGUCACCAGUGUUAGGGUCAAUUGCAUUUCAUGUUCACUUCAUUUCAUGGUCCUCUGUAGCUCAGCUGGUAGAGCACGGCGCUUGUAACGCCAAGGUAGUGGGUUUGAUCCCCGGGACCACCCAUACACAAAAAUGUAUUUACGCAUGACUGUAAGCUGCUUUGGAUAAAAGCGUCUGCUAAAUGGCAUAUUAUUAUUGGAUUUACUGAAUUUAAAAGGAAUUGACCCCAGCAAUGAUCCCAAUAAUUGUUUAUCGCUUUAGAAAUGCAACUUGUUUCGCAGUAGAUGGUGUCAAAACAGUAUCCUUUUAGUAUCCCAUCUAAAUUCUAUUGUCAGUGCAAUCAAACAGGUAGCCUACCUCUCAGAUGUAGCAUGUGUUGUUCAGAUGCCCUUCUCUACCUUUGUCCAUUACACUAAAUACGUUUUGAGUAAGGAGAAAGGAAAAACAGGUAGGCUACAACAGUUCUCAGAUUCUCAUCAGAAUCCUAUCUCAUACCUUUGCCCCAUUGUGCCUCUCUGUCCUCAAGAUGGGUGGAGUAUCAUCUGCUCUCCCUUCAUCCCCAAGUACCUGUCCUCUCCUCGCUGUGUCUCAGUGGAGGGGCUCAUCUACCUGAUCGCUGACAACACCAAGAAGGUCUACUGCUAUGACCCACUGGCCAACAUGUGGCAGAAGGUGGGUUAGAGUUAGGGUUAGGGUUAGGGGUUAGGGGUUAGGGGUUAGGGGUUAGAUUAGGGGUUAGGGUUUAGGGGUUAGACGUUAGAGGUUAGGGGUUAGGGAUUAGGGGUUAGGGGUUAGAGUUAGGGUUAGGGGUUAGGGUAGGGUUAGGGGCGUUAGGGGUUAGGGUUAGGGUUAGGGUUAGGGUGAGGGUUAGGGGUAGGGGUUAGGUUAGGGUUAGGGUUAGGGUAGGGGUUAGGGGUUAGGGUUAGGGUUAGGGUUAGGGUUAGGGGGUUAGGGUUAGGGGUUGGGGUUAGGGGUUAGGGGUUAGGGUUAGGGUUAGGGGUAGGGGUUAGGGUUAGGGGGUAGGGGGUAGGCGUAGGGUUAGGGGUUUGUUAGAGUUAGGGUAGGUUAGGGGUAGGGUUAGGGGUAAGGGUUAGGGGUUAGGGUUAGGGUUAGGGGUUAGGGGUUAGGGUUAGGAGUUAGGGGUUAGGGUGUAGGGGUUAGGGUUAGGGGUUAAGGGGUUAGAGUUUAGGGUUUAGGGUUAGGGGUAGGGGUUAGGAGUUAGGGUUAGGGGUUUCGGGUUAGGGGUUAGGGUUAGGGGUUAGAGGUUAGGGGUUUAGAGUUAGGGUUUAGGGUUGGGGUUUAGGGUUAGAGUUAGGGGGGUAGGGGUAGAGUUAGGGGGUUAGGGUUAGGGUUAGGGGUUAUGGUUUAGGGGUUAGGGCCGUUAGAGUUAGGGGUUAGAGUUAGGGGUAGGGUUAGGGACGUUAGGGGUUAGGGUUAGGGGUUAGGAGUUAGGGUUAGGGGAUAGAGUUAGGGUUAGAGUAUGGGUUGGGUUAGGAGUUAGAGGGUUAGAGGUAGGUUAGGGGGACAUAGAGUUCGGGUAGGGGUUACGAGGUUAGGGGUUAGAGUUAGGGUUUAGGUUAGAGUUAGGGUAGGGGUUAGAGUUAGGGCAGGUUGAGGUUAGGGGUAGUGUUAGGGGGGUUUGGGGUUAGGGUUAGGGGUCAGGGUUUAAGGGUAGAGUCGGGUUAGGGGUUAGCAUUAGGGUUAGAGUAGGGGUGUUGGUAGUGUUUAGAGUUAGGGGGUAGGGAUUAGAGUUAGGGUAGAGUUAGGGUUAGUGUUUAGGUAGGGGUUAGGGUGAGAGUUAGGGUUUAGGGGUUAGAGUUAGGGUUAGGGUAGGGUUAGUGUUAGAGUUAGGGGUUAGGGUUAGGGGUUAGAGGUUAGGGGUUAGGGGUUAGUAGUUAGGGGUUAGGGUUAGGGGUAGGGGUUAGGGUUAGGGUUAGGGUUAGGGUUAGGGUGAGGGGUUAGGGGUUAGGGUUAGGGGUUAGGGGUUAGGGUGUUUAGAGUUAGGGGGUAGGGUUAGGGGUUAGGGUUGGAGUUAGGGGGUUAGGGGUGAGAGUUAGGGGUAGGGGGUUUAGAGUUAGGGAGUAUGGUUUAGAGUUAGGGGUGUUAGCGGUGAGGGGUAGGGGUAGGGUUAGGGUUAGAGUUAGGGGUAGAGUUAGGGGUUAGGGGUUAGGGUUAGAGUUAGGGUUUAGGGGGUAGAGUAGGGGUUAGGGUUUAGAGUCGGGAUUAUGGUUAGAGGUUAGGGGUUAGGGGUUUAGGGGUUAGGGUUAGGUUAGGGUUGUUAGAGUAGGGGUUAGGGUUAGAGUUGAGUUAGGGGAUAGAGUUUAGGGGUUAGCGGUUAGAGUUAGUGGGUUAGGGGUAGGGGUUAGAGUUAGUGGGUUAGGGGUAGAGUUAGGGUUAGGGGAUUAGAGUUCGGGUUCGGGGUUAGCGUUAGGGUUAGGGGUUAGAGUUAGGGUUUAGGUUUAGAGUUAGGGGUGAGUGUAGGGUUGGGGUUAGGUGGUUAGGGGUCAGGGUUAGGGGUUUAGAGUUAGGGUUAGGAUUAGAGUUAGGGGUUAGGGGGUUAGUGUAGAAGUUAGGGGUAGGGUUAGGUUAGGGUUAGAGGGUUAGAGUUAGGGUUAGGGUUAGGGUAGAGGUUAGGGGUUAGGGGUUAGAGGUAGGGGUUAGAGUUAGGGGUUAGGGGUUAGGUUUCGGAGUUUUUAGCGUAGGGGUUAGGGUGAGAGUUAGGGGUUAGGUAGAGGUAGGGGUGUUAGGGUUAGGGUUAGAGUUAGGGGUUUUAGGGAUUAGGGGUUAGGGUUAGGGGGUAGAGGUUAGGGGAAGUUAGGGGUUGGUUAGUGUUAGAGUUAGGGGUAUGUCGUUAGAGUUAGGGUUAGAUUAGGGGUGUGGAUCGAGUAGGGGUGUUAGGGUUUAGGGUUAGGGGUUUUAGAGUUAGGGUUUUUAGGGGUUAGAGUUAGGGUGAGGGGUAGGGGUUAGGGUUAGAGUUAGGGUUUAGGGUUAGGGUUAGGGGUAGAGUUAGGUUAGGGGUAGGUAGAUUAGGGUUGGAGUUAGCGUUAGGGGUUGUAGGGUUAGAGUUGGUUAGGGUUAGGGGUUAGGGGUUAGAGUUAGGGUGGAGUGGUAGGGGUUCAUAGAGUUAGGGUUAGGGUUAGAGGUAGGGGUUCUAGGGUUAGAGUUAGGUGGUUAGGGUUAGGUUAGGGGUUAGGGGUUUUGUAGAAGUUAGGGGUUAGGGUUAGGGUUAGAGUUAGGGGUUAGGGAAUUAGGGGUUAGGGGUUUAGGGGUUGUGUUAGGGUGUAGGGGGUUAGGGGUUAAAAGUUAGAAGGUUUUAGUGUUAGAGUUAGGGGUUUAUGGUAGAGUUAGGGGUUAUAGAGGUUAGGGGGAUAGGGUUAAGAGGUAGGGGUUUAUGGUUAGAGUUAGGGUCUAGAGUGAGGGGUUAGGGGUUAGGGUUAGGGGUGAGGGGUUUUAGGGGUUUGUGUUAGAGGUAGAGUUAGAGUUAGGGUUUGAGGGUUAGGGGGUGUGUGGUUAGGUUUUGUAGAGUUAGGGUUAGGGUGUUAGUUAGUAGAGUUAGGGGUUAGGGUUUAGAGGGUUAGAGUUAGGGGUUUUAGGGUAGAGUAGGGUAGCGUUAGGGGUUAGGGGUAGGGUGUUUAGGGGUUAGAGGUAGGGUUAGGGGCGGUUAGCGUUAGGGUUAUGGGGGUAGAGUUAGGGUUAGGGGUUAGGGGUUAGAGUUAGGGUUUAGGGUUAGGGGUUAGGGGUUAGAGUAGGGGGGAGUUAGAGUUAUGGUUAAGAGUUAGGGUUGGUUAGGGUUGGGGUUAGGUGUAGGGGUUAGAGUUAGGGUUAGGGGUUAGGGGUUAGGGUUAGGGGUUAGAGUUAGGGUUAGGGGUUAGAGUUAGGGUUGGAGUUAGAGUUAGGGUUAGAGUUAGGGGUUAGGGUUAGGGUGUUAGGGGUUAGAGUUAGGGUUAGGGGUUAGGGGUUAGAGUUAGGGUUGGAGUUAGAGUUAGGGUUAGAGUUAGGGGUUAGGUUUAGGGGUUAGGGGUUAGGGGUUAGAGUUAGGGUUAGGGGUUAGGGGUUAUAGUUAGGGUUUAGGGUUAGGGAUUAGGAGUUAGAGUUAGGGUUGGAGUUGGAGUUAGGGUUAGAGUUAGGGGUUAGGGUUAGGGUUUAGGGUUAGGGGUUAGGGGUUAGAGUUAGGGUUAUGUUUAGACCAAAAAGGUCUACUGCUAUGACCCACUGCUAACAUGUGGAGAAGGUUUCAAUUGUUUCAAUUGCUGUUGUCUGCACUGCAUGCUGUAAACAUUUUAAUAUAAUACAGAUAAUCUCUAAAACAUUGUACUGGUUAUUAGAAAGCACUUUGUGACAACUGUCAAUGUAUUAAGGGUUUUUACAAAUAUAUUGCAUGGAUGGAUGGCUGGAUGGGUGGAGAGAUGGAUGGAUGGAUGGAGAGAUGGAUGGAUGGAUGGAUGGAUGGAGAGAUGGAUGGAGAGAUGAAUGGAGAGAUGGAUGAUGGAGAGAUGGAUGGUGAGAUGGAUGGAGAGAUGGAUGGAUGGAGAGAUGGAUGGAUGGAAAGAUGGAGAGAUGGAUGGAUGGAGAGAUGGAUGGCUGGAGAGAGGGAUGGAUGGAGAGAUGGAUGGAGAGAUGGAUGGAUGGAGAGAUGGAUGGAUGGAGAGAUGGAUGGCUGGAGAGAUGGAUGGAUGGAAAGAUGGAUGGAUGGAGAGAUGGAUGGCUGGAGAGAUGGAUGGAUGGAUGGAGAGAUAGAUGGAGAGAUGGAUGGAGAGAUGGAUGGAUGGAGAGAUGGAUGGAUGGACUGAUUAAUCCUCUCCUCCUGUGUAUUCCCCCCAGGUCCAGCUGCUCCACAUGCUCCAUGAGAACGGAGGUCUUGUGGCGUUGGACGGUCAGCUCUUUGCGACGGGGGGUCACUGGAAGGGCAUGGAGGGGGACUACGGCGUGGAGGUGGAGGUGUAUAACAGAGCUUCGAACAGCUGGAAGGUGGAGUGUUUCCUCCCAAGGCUCUGGAUCUACAGCGGGACCUGUUCUGUCUUCCUGGACCCCUCCCAGUGGUCCGACCCAUUCCCCAUCGAUGAAACCUAA